ACCUCAGAAGCCUGUAUCCAGACGGAUAACAACAGAACUCCAUCCGUUGCUGUCAACCCUCGUUCCCUCACUCCUUCCACGCGCAUAGCGGCCCUCAACCUCGUCAGCGAUCUCCUUCAGAAAGUCGCUCAACUCGAGGCUAAUUUCGCUCAUGUUUGUCGCUGCUACGACGCAAUUCCCACAAAGAUUGCCAAAUUCAAUGAUCAGCCUGCUCCAACUUCGGCGGCAAACGGUGUGUGA